AUGAUCGGGUUCUCUGUUCUAAACUGGGGCCAAGGGGCUGCGGCAUCACCGGGCACUUUCCUCACUCAGCACAGCCCGGCUGGAUGGCCCAGCCACUUGGCAGAAGGCGAGGCGGGUGCGUACCACCACUUCAUGUACGGGCCCGCCUCGGAAACGAUGGAGAUGGAUCUGGACGGCCCCGAAUACUACUGCACGGGGCCGAUAGUUCCAGACGUGCCGAUGACUCCCCCGCCGGACACCGCCUGCCCAGAUAUCAGCAUGGGGUGCGGGGAGUGGCAGCACCGCGGCGACGGCACACCGUUCCUGCCGUCACCCACGAGCACAGAGACGUCGGGGUCCGCCGCACGCAGACGGCGGCGCCACCGCCGCCACAGCAAGGACGGCUGCGUCGACUUUGACGCGCCGCCGAAGCCCCUGACGGGCGGUCUGGGCCGGGCGCUGGACCAAAAGCGCGCCCGGACGUCGACCACGACGAUAACCGAGAACUCCCGAGACGCGCGCGGCGGCGACAGCUCGAGACGAUGCCCAGGGAGGCACGCGCAGCUGGCGCUGUGCCUGGGAGGCAUCGAGCGGCUCGAGGAGCUGGAGCGGGGCGACCCGAUGACGGGGCUCGAGUGGACCGGCGCGAUGCUGGUCCUCGAGGAGCAAGCCGCCUGCUGCUCAAUGCCGGGGAUGAUCGUCAAGAGGGCCGACGGGAGCGGCGCAGGCAACGCGGGGUGGCCGCUCGGAGGAGCCACCACCUGCUGGGGAGCCGUCGCCGUCGGCGUGGCUAACAGGCAACAGCAGGUGGAGGGCGAGGAGAUGGACUGGGACGCCUCAGAGCCGGAGCCGGAGCCGGAGCCGGAGCCGGAGCCAGCGCCCGCGCCGAAGCUUCCGCAGCUCGCGCAGCAGGAUUUUCCGGAAGAACACAAGGACAAGGUCUGGCUGGAGUUUGACGAGCGUAUAGCCGCAAAUCCAAGCCAGGACCUGCAGUCAGAACCGGACCUGCAGUCUGCACCGGACCUGCAGUCUGCACCCGACCGCCAGCAGGCCGAGAGGCAGCUAGAGGCCGGGCAUCGCGAGGCAGACCGGAAGCUCGAGGAAGACCGGCAGCUCGAGGAAGACCGGCAGCGGGAGGUAGACCGGCAGCUUGAGGCAGACCGGCAACUCCACGCAGACCGGCAGCUUCAAGCACAGCAGCAGCUCCUGGUAGCGCAGCAGCGAUACAAACAGCUGCAGCUAGAGGCGGAGCAGCAGCUCCAGGAACAGGAGCGGCGAGAGGAAGAGGAGCAGCUCCAGAUAGAGCAGGAGCUGAUGGCCGAGCUGGACCGAGCAGACGCGCAGCCAGUGCCAGAGCUGCAACAACCGGAACCUCAGCCAGAGGAAAGCUGGCACUCAGAGCUGGACUUGACGCAGAAGCUCAGAGCUGGACUUGACGCAGAAAGCUGCCGGAGUCACCGCCGCCGGAAGUCACAGCUGCCGGAAGACCAGCAGCCGCAAGCUGAGCCGCAGCAUGCGGCAGCGCCCGAACCAGAGCCGGAGCGGCAGCGGUUGACGCCGUCGCCGCCCCCUGUGGAAUUCGGGCCGGCCUGGCCCCCUCCCGCCAUCUAUUGCGACGACGACGAGGAGUACGAUGGCCAGCACGGUUGGGGGGCGACCGGCUUCAAGGGCCGUUCCCCGAGACGAUCGCCGUCGCCUGCGCCUGAGCCCGAACCCUGGGAUUUGUGGACCCCGGAGGAGGCAGCAAUGCACGAGGCCAAAGCGAAGGCCGAAAUGGAGGAGUGGUUCCUCCAGAUGGACAUGGAAGACAGCAUGAACGCGAUGCUGAACCUCGGCCUCUAA